AUGUCUAUUCAACCGCUGGUCACGUUCAAGGCCGGGCUGUGCGAGCUUACUGGCAGCUCACCAAACCAGAAAGUCAAGCCGCAGCAGACGCCCGGCUACGUAUACCUAUACCAAGGAGACGAUGACUUCGUCCACUUCUGCUGGCGACCGCGGGAGAACGCCGUCGAUCAGGGCGAUCUCGAUCUCAUCAUGAUCCCCGGCGACGGUUCCUUCAUGCCCUACACCGGCUCCGAUACGGCAGCAGAUUCGGAUAAUGUCCGCUCUCCGACCGACGGCCGGAUAUUCGUCCUCAAAUUCAGCUCCAGCUCUCAGCGAUACCUGUUCUGGAUGCAGUCCAAAUCACAGCACCCCAAAGGCGAUCCUAGUUGGUUCAGCGCACGGGAUCUAGCGAUUGGGCAGAUUGUCGACCGACUUCUCAAUGGAGAGGACGUCGACGUCCAACACGAGCUGGCCCUCGCGGCUAGCCAGGGCCCUGGCGGUGACGACGACGAGACCAUGGAGGAUGUCGAAGGCACAGAUCACUCCGCCAACCGGAACCGACAUGGCAGUACGGGAGGUGCAGGGCCCGGGGCAACAGGCGGUGACAUCAGAGAAGAGGGCGAAGAGUCGAGAGAAGGCGGUGCUGAUGGUGGCCGAGCUGCUGCCUCGGGCUCUAGCGACGCCUCCGCUAUCGUCCAAAACUUCCUCAACUCUCUCAAAUCCGGCAACCUCUCCGGCGGCCAAACCUCCCAAGACCCGUUCACCACGCUCCUCGACCUUCUUCAUCCCGGCAUCACCGUCCCCGUCAUCGAGAAAGCCCCAGACUCCUUCAUCGACGUUCUCUGCUCCCAUCUCCCGACGACCCUCUUCCUCCUUGAGGCAGAAAUCGAAGACGUCGGCGACAUCGAUCCCAAUUCUGAAACCGCGCAGAUGGCGAUGCAGGCCCUAGAUCAAGAGCAGAAGCGAGACGUGCUGAAGAGGGUGGUUACCAGUCCCCAGAUGAGGCAGAGUUUAGGCAGCCUAACGGUUGCGCUAAGGGAUGGUGGACUGCCAAAUGUGAGUUCGGCGCUCAAGAUUGAUGUUCAAAAUGGGGGUUUUGUGAGGGGUGGAGGCAUGCCUCUCGGUGGCGGUGAUGCGAUUAAAGCGUUCUUGGAAGGCGUGAAGGAGACGGUCGAGAAGGAACAAGAGGGCGAGGACGAGGACAUGGAUACAAGUUGA